AUGUUGAGCAAUCUCGCAAUACUCGCCUGCUCGGCGCUUAUUCCUGUUGUCACGGCCCAACUCCCUGCUCUUCCGUUCAACAUGAGCUACACCCCCGACCUCAGCCCGGCAAAGGUUACACUUGCGCAGAAAGCUGAAUGGUGCCGUGGCGAGACCAUUGUGUGCGAUAAGCUUUGCGGCGCGCCCGCUCAAAUCCCCAAGACGAACGACUGCUCCAGCGACACUCUUGCAUUCAGCUGCAUCUGCCAGAACGGCACUGCACCUGGCUUGCAGUAUUACCAGAACAGUCUUCCUUCGUUCAUCUGUGAGGAAACCUUCAAGCAAUGCGAAGCUGCGAGGGCAGGUGAUGCCCGUGGUCAGGAGGACUGCAAGACUGGUGUGAAGAGCAAGUGUGGCACUCAGUCGGCAGACAAGGCUACGACCGGCGGAAGCAGUGGAGCCACCCCCAGCCCCUCUCCUACUCCUAGCGCGAACCAGGGCGGAAGCAGCCAAGGUGGCGCCACAUCAUCUACUCAGCCUGGUUCGGCCGCCACCCCGGUUCCGCAAAUCAUCGGCAUGGCUGCCGCUGCCGCCUUCAUGGGAGCCUUUGCUCUGUGA